UUGAACCGCCAUACUGUAUUUUGAGCCAUAUCACAUUUUUAUUGCAACAUUUUACUCCCGCUCGGUGAGUACAUUUCCAAUGGCUUUUUUGUAAGCAUUUUUUGUCUUUUUAAUUGCCCCCUUUUUUAUUUUUACUCCUUUUGCUGGUGUUUGAAUUGAGCAUUGACAUGGUGGUUUUGAGCGUUUUUCAAAUCCAGGCUUCAAGUUUUUAGCAUGCAGUUAUUCUGACCGAGAGUGCCAACAGGGUAAUCGGUGCGGUAUCGCUCGUGAGAGAGCCUUUACUUGCUUGCAGUUUUGUUUCGAGGGUCGAAACCAAGCAGCUUUUGUCAGUAUUGAGAUUUUUCAAACAAUUUGUUGGUGGUUUUGAAACAUUUUUAUUUUUUGUUUCUGUCGACUUUUGCUGUUGCUAUGCUUUGGUUUGCAUUGUGCAGUGUUGUUUGUUGCCUUCGAGUUUUGUGAUUUUGAUGUGUCGGUGAAUCCCACCGCCCUUGCUUUUACUUUAUUCUUCUUUUCUUUAUAACAAGGAGUCAUUUUUAAACGUUUUGACGUGAUACUUUUCUUGCAGUUGAGCUCUCAGGUUUGUUGUUUUUGUGUUUCUCUCUUUUUUCGAUUUCAUUAUACUUUUGCUGGUGGCAGUGUCAAGUAUUUUUGGAUGCUGGGUGGACGAGGGGAGUUUUGAUUCUUGUGGGAGUUCAAUGCGUUUUUGUUUUCUGUUUCAACGAGGAUGAACAGACAUUUUCCCCUUUACAGGAGGGCAAGUGGAUGAGAAUGACUGGUAAACUCCAGACCAGCAACGUGACCAACAAGAAUGACCUGCGCUCGCUAAACUCCAGAGUCUUUAUUGGCAAUCUCAACACAGCCAUUGUCAAGAAGACGGACAUAGAGAUCCUCUUUGGCAAGUACGGCAAGAUAGUGGGCUGCUCUGUGCACAAAGGUUACGCCUUCGUACAGUAUUUGAACGAGAGGAACGCACGGGCAGCUGUGUCUGGAGAAAAUGCACGUGUCAUCGCUGGACAGCCUCUUGACAUAAACAUGGCGGGCGAGCCGAAGCCCUACAGGCCCAAAGCAGGCUCCAAGAGGCCGCUCUCAGCUGUUUACAGCGGUUAUGAACUUGAUUACGAGUACUACAGGGAUGACUUCUACAGCAGGCUUUUUGACUACCAUGGCAGAGUGGCCCCCCCACCGAGGGCCGUGAUCCCUGUCAAGCGCUCCAGGGUGCUCGCUCCUUCCUCCCGCCGCGGGAAGAUCUCUUUCCCCAUCAAAACAUCCUCCUCUUCCUCCUCCUCAUCCUCCAGACCUCCCACGUCCUCCUCCGGGCUCAAAGCAGUGAAGACGGACCAGCUUCAGACUAUAAAGCGGGAGCUCACUCAGAUCAAGUUGAAGAUCGACUCUUUGCUGGGACGCCUGGAAAAGAUCGAAAAGCAGCAGAGAGCCGAGUCCGAAGCUCAGAGAAAGUACGAGGACAACUGCGACUCCCUGCAUGAGGAGUCUGUGUCGGAGACGGCAGAAAACUCUGGGGAGGAGGCGGGCGACGGGGCUCUGGAGAUGGAGGCGGGAGAGAUGACCGAUGGAGGCGAGGACGAGUACGACGAGGAGGGCAACCACCAUCUGAUAGAGAACCAUGCAUCGGAUAUUGACAACUGAGAUCAGGAUGAGGCAGCAGACGCUCCCGGUUGGUGGUAUUAGAAUUCAUCAUCGCCUUCAAGAGACAGAAAAAAGAUUUCUGAGGGAUCAAGACUCUCAUACUGGACUGUAAAUUGUAUUCAAGAGAUGCUGAAUCACAUUUAGAUUCCCAACUCUGCAGCACAUAGCGAACGUGAUGUGCUCUCUGAAGAAAAUCUAUUCAAGACUCAUUUUCAUGCAGUGGCCACCUUCAUGGAUAUUCUGUGCGACUUAUAUUUCAUUGCAGGAGGCUGAGAGUAUUAUGCGCUAAUCCUGCUCCUGAAAAAAUAAAUACUAUGGGAAUGUAUAAAAAAAAAGGCUUUUUAUUCAGAUUUGCAAAUUGAAUUACGUGGAACGGAAGGGAAUUGUUGAUUUACCAUAUGAAAUGUGUUAGCAAUGUCAUUUCACAAACUGUAUUUCAAAGAAUUUUUGCUCGAAGAUCAAAUGACUAGAACAAUCUGCGACCGCAGUAUGAUAUCCACAAAACUAAUGAAACAUCGGUGCCGUCUGAGUCUGCUUUUUCUCGUGUAUAAGCCAUGAGCUACGAGCAUAACUUUAUCCAGCUUAUCCAUUUAUCACACAAAUACCCUGUGGGGCUGUUCCAUCAUAUAUUCCAACUCCUGCCAACUUUCAAAGCAGACAUUUCCUAGAGUGGUAGAGAGCCAACACUGGCACAGGCGUCCUGCCAGGGAGCAAUGCCCCAACAUCUCAAAGCGCUCCUCCCUGCUCAGCCUGUGCAUCCCAACAUGCACUGCUGCUGUUCAGGAGCCAAGGCCCUUUCUCAUUCUCCUCUACUACCCCGCUGCAUUUUGAUUUGAUUCUGCUCAGGCGAAAGUGCAAGCUGAGUUUUUUUUAAAUUAUAUAUCAAGACUCCUUUUAGAAGUAUUUGAUCUGUCUUUUGGAUCGGUUAGAUUUGGAAUACAUCUGUUAUAGUAUAACAUGAUACACUGGCCUUAAAAACCUAAACAAGUAGUGAGACAAUACAACCCAUUAAUCUAUUAAUAAAAUACCUAAAAUGGAAGAUAAUCUGGCCAGCAUUGGGUGAUUUGUCCACUCACUUUGUGCAGUUUACUUCAUUAUAUCUGCCAAUUUAUUCAGAAUCCGAAUCAGAAAUUCAUUAUUAGUCCCACGGUGGAGAAAUGUACAUUGUUACAGCAAAAGUGGCAUUAGUUGUUGUGUUGUUGCCAUGUGGAGCAGCUUCAGUUAAGUGAUUUUAAUCAACCUGAUUGAUAUGCUGCAAAUUUAAAUAUGUCACCAGUGAGUGGAUAUCUUCAUGUUCUACUGUUAAUAAUUCGCAGCAGGUUUGCCCAAUUUAGUUCCAGUUUGCAAAAAAGUAAAUUGACAAACAACACUGACAAAGGCAUGUUUCUCGUCUUAAGCCUUCAGUUAAAGGUAUUCGCAGAAGGAGGUAGAUGGAACGUAUGCUGACAUGCACCAGGUGUGCUAGCUGAUAGCUCAAUGGCAUCAAUAAAUGUGAUGAUGUGUAUCAGCCAAUCAGCUGGCACACCUGGUAUACUGUCAGUUAGCUAUGGGUUGUAAGAAAAGGCUAGUGGGCUAAAACAUUAAUCACAGCCGUUAAUUAUACAGCUUCUUAUUAAACGCUCAUUAACCUCCAUCAUUGUCCUUAAACUCACUGCAGCUGAGUAACAGCUCUACUUCUCUCUGCUCCUAUAACUUCACUGUUAAAAUCUUUUUUAAGGUUUUUUUUCAAGAAAAACAUGGCUAUUGUCUAUUAGAGGAGAUAACUGUGGUUCUUUUUGCACAAGUUUUGAGAUGUGUGCGCUUUAAACACUCGGUAAUAAAAAAAUAAAUGUAGGGCUUGAUGCAUAAAAACACAUUUUGAGAAAUUCAACAGCAAUGUUACUUUUUGACUCAAUGUCCUAUUUAUCCCCAUGAAAACAUGGGAAUACUAACCUUGUUAAGGGGAGUUUAAAUGUAAUUGAUCAAUGUUUUGAACCACAAAACACCUUUGAACCUUUCUUAUGACCGCACAACCUGAGCAAAUAAAACCAAAAUACCGGGGUUUUUUGCCGGGGUAUUACUGACCCUUCUUAACAGAGAAUGAAUUAAAUGUGAAGGAACGGUCGCCUUGCACAACUUCAUAAACACAACAGUCAAACCUGGCAGUGCUGCCUGAAAAAAAAAAACAUUAAAAAAAAUGUCUGUCCUGCAGCUCAUUCAAAAUAAAUGUCUGGUGAAUGAUGAUAAUGUGUAAUAUUUAGCACUAUUUUUGUAUCCAAAGACAUGUCUAAGGGAAAUGGCUCUGCUACAUGUUUAUCUUUUUUGCUGGUAGCCUGUUAUUUACUGAGCAGUAUGGUGAUGUGUCAAAUAUUUUGCAAAAAUGCUUCAAAAAAUAAAUAAAAACCUCAUUG